AUGGAUGACAAUAAGUUAACUCAUGAAAUGAAAAGACACGCUGUUAUCGUCGCUAUACACGCAAAUCACAGCGAUCUUGAAAUCUCCGAAUUUUUGAAUCUCGCCCGAUCGUUUGUUCACAAAGUUCGUCGAGAGUUAGAAGUAUCUAAUGACAAUGUUCAAAAUGUUGCCAAGCGCAAAACACAUAAAGCACGUUCAGACACAGUUAGAACAUCACAGUUUGUGCAGCAAGUCCAGGGCAUUAUUGAUGAAGACCCUUCAAAGUCCAUAAGGGCCAUAUCGAGAGAUCUUCAGGUUUCUGAGUGCACAAUCCGUCGCAUUGUCCACGAAGACAUCCGGUGGCUAUGUGCUGAUCCUUCAGAAGUUCCUCAUGUUAUGCACACAAAGUAUCCGGCAACUGUCAUGGUUUUGGGGGUGGUGAGCAAUGAAGGACACGUCAUGCCACCGCACUUCUUUCCUCAAGGACUUCGAGUGAAUGCUGCUGACUACAUUGCGGUUUUGGAAGGAGUUGUGAAACCCUGGAUAGAUAGCGUGCGUGGUGAAAGACCAUAUGUAUUCCAACAGGACUCUGCUCCUUCACAUAAAGCCACGACGACGCAAGAUUGGAUGUCCGAGAAUUUGCAUGAUCACAUAACCCCAAACAUGUGGCCACCUAGCUCCCCUGAUCUUAAUCCUUUAGAUUACUAUGUAUGGGGCGUUGUAAAACGGGAGACCAAUAAACAUCCCCACAACACGCUUGAUUCCCUCAGAGCAACUAUUGCCAGAAGCUACAUCUUCAUGCCAGACAACAAAUAA